AUGCAGAUCACCACGUUUCUGUUGACGCUGGCAGCCGGCCUCCAGGUCUGUAACGCAGCAGCCGUUGACACCCGCCAGACCGACAUCACGACUCGGCCCGAGUGGGUGUCGGACAGCCAGUUCAACGCUGCCAUUCUCACAACACACAACCAAUACCGUCGCCAACACCAAGGCGCCCCUCUGAAAUGGGGCGUCGACCUCAAAUGGGACGCCACUCUGGCCACGGCCGCCAAAAAAUAUCUCGACAGCAAGGGCACGGGUAAGAACCAGUGUCCUCCCUUCGCCCACUCCGGUGGCCCGUACGGAGAGAAUCUGGCCAUUGGAUACGGAACACCCACCGCAGCCGCCAAAGCUUGGGGCGAUGAGCGUGCCAAGUAUGACUUUCAGAAGGCUGUCUUCUCCCCAGCCACCGGGCAUUUCACCCAGAUGGUCUGGAGAGACACCCAAAAGAUCGGAUGCGCCAGGAAGUACUGCACCAGCGGCGCUGGUAUCAAAGGCUGGUACCUCGCUUGCGAAUACUUCCCUCGCGGCAAUAUCAUCGGUCGCUUUAAGGAUGGCGUCAAGAUCGGCACAUACAAGCCACCCAAGAAGAUCUAGUGGUUCCCCGUCCGGAACGCCAUGUGCACCCUGUGCAACGGGUCUGAUUUAAACUUGUAUUAUAGUUGUGUGAUUCGACUGCGAAUGUUGGAGUUUGGGCUCAGCCACAGCUGAGAUGGGAUCGCCGGACUUGGAUUGAUGGGCAACUUGACACUCGCUUAGAAAACUUUGUUUAGCAGCAAUGCAAUAUGUACCAACGG